CAAAAUAGCGCGGGAGCAGGCAAAGCUUAAGUUUAUUUGCUUUUAUUUUGUUUUCUCUUUAUUUGGAAACGUUCUAAAGUAUUUUUCUUAGUGUAAAUUUAAUUACGCUUACAGUAUGCCUAGAGCUUUAAGUUUAAAAAAGACGGCUGGUCCUUCUAAAACUCAGAAAUCUAUAACAGAUUUUCUCAGAAAUGCUGGUAACAGUGCAAGUCAAAAGCAGGCUAAACUUGAGAUACAAGAAGAUAAUAUUGAAAACAAAAGGGUUAAAAGAAAGGCGCCUUCUCCCAACUCCAAAGAUGAUACUGAUGUAAAUGGGUCAUCCACUAACGCUAUUUCAAAUCAUGACGGAAAUAAAAACACACCGAAGAAAAUUAAGACUGAAACUAGCAGACAUAACUGUUCACCAAAUAAAAUAAAUAAUCAGAUGAACAAGUCACCGAACAAAGAAAACAUAUCUGAAAAAAGAAUUUCUCCAAAGAAGAUCACUAUGACUGAUUUAGUAGAUAACAAAAGAAAUAAUGAAAGAAUAGAUAAUGUAAUUGUAAAUAACAGAGAAACCCAUCCCACUGUCCACGAUAGUGAAAAAGAAUGUGAGAAUAUCAAUAUUUUGUAUAAGGAAUCAUGUGUUAAAAAUGGUGAUAAGUCAGAGAACAUUAUGCAAGGAUCUGUGACUCCAGUAAAGCAGUCACCAUGCAAGACUUAUGUCAGUCCUAGUAAAACUCCUAAGAAAAGCCCUCUACAAGAGCUAUUCAGUUCACCAACCAAUGUGUUGUCUGGUGAACCUAUUGUAAAAGAGCAGGAUUUCACUACAGAAGAUAUUUGUGAUGACUUUGGUGAUGAUUGGGGAGUCGAUGAUAUUGAAGAGGAUUGUGUUGAUGACCUAGACCUCAGUACAAUGCAGCGCUGUGAAAUACUUAAAGUUACAACAAAUACUUCAAGAACAGAAUUAAGACUUAAAAAUAGUGAAGACAAGAAAGCAACAUGCUUUGUUGAAGGGAUAUGGCAAGACACACCCCUAGUACCAGGCGAUAUAGUCAGUAUACUAGCUUCAAGGGAUUCAAGUGGUUCCUACAGCUUAACAAACACAUCAGGCCUGCUAGUGUUGCGCCCAGACCAUCUAGUGUCCAGCACUAGUGUUGUGGCCGGCGUGUUCUGUAAGCGUAAGGCUGUGCUGCAGGAACGAUGGAGAGGGUUGGACUCUGCUAAUAUGGCGAUGACAACAGGAAUACUAAUACACGAGCUAGUUCAAAAGGCUCUAACUGAGAAGAUAACAUCUAUAGAGCAGCUACGUUCUAUAACUGACGUCAUUGUGAAGGAGGCGGUUGAAAGGCUCUAUGACGCAGGCUUGAGUGAGGAGGAAGCGAGGAAUAAUAUAUACAAAUAUAUACCGCCUUUAGCCGACUUUAUAAACACUUAUGUUGCUGAAAAACCACCUACAGUAGCGCACGUCAAAAAAGAUAAAAAGAACUGGUCUGGGCAUAUCGAUAAAAUAUUAGACAUUGAGGAGAAUCUCUGUUGUCCAAAAUUGGGGUUGAAGGGGAAGAUUGACGCCACCGUUCAAGUCACAAUUCAUGAAAGAAAUGGUCGUCAACGAGCUGUAGUACCUCUAGAACUGAAGAGUGGCAAGGCAUCAAUGUCGGCGGAACACCGCGGCCAACUGGUCCUGUAUGGAAUGAUGCUAAACUUGCAGAACUGUGAGGACCCCACGCAGGCGGCGCAACGGGGCUUACUACUGUAUUUGAAGGAUGGAGUUGAGUUGCGUGAGGUGAGCUGUGGGUACCCGGAGCGUCGCGACUUGGUGAUGCUGCGUAAUCAAUUAGUUCAGUAUCUGACGCCGUCGCCUCAGAGCGUAGACCCAGAGAGUCUAAUUGACAUAGAAGAGGCAUCAGUAAUGCUACAACAGAAGCUGCCGGAGCCGGUGGAUCAUCACAACGCCUGCUCCAAGUGUCCCUACCUCACUCUAUGCUCUUUGCAUUUAUGGCAUACAGACGGCCCAACUGUUUCUGAGUCUCAUCCCCUGACUAAACUACGUACAGACGCGCUAGGCCACUUGACACCUAAGCACAUACAAUACUUUCUUCAUUGGACCGCCUUACUCAAGAUGGAAGAAGCAGGGCAGAUGGUGGCGUCUCCCUUACACGCGUUAUGGACUGAUAGUGUUGAAAAGAGAGUAAAGCGCGGUACAUGCGCUGGAAACCUGAAAUUGAUAGCAGUAACUUAUUUAGAAGACAGAUAUCUGCAUAUUUUUCAUCGCAAGAAUGACGAUAAAGGUGGUAAUAAUGAGGUGAAGUCCAACAAGGGCCCACAAGAGGGAGAAUUUUCGAUAGUCAGCAUUGAGAACCGUCCUUGGAUAGCCGCAGGAGUAGUCACCAUAUCAAAUUCCAAAGAAAUUCAUAUAUUUUUAGAGAGGGAUGUAAGUAGUCGUUUGCACAAAGAUACAGUGUAUCACAUAGAUACUUACGAAUCUUAUGCAACUACUGUACAGAAUCUGACCAAUUUAGGCGUUUUAAUGGAGGACAGCGAACGAGCGGACAGACUUCGGAAGUUAUUAAUAGACAAGGAAACUCCCACUUUCGAGGGUAAACUCCCCCGGGAGGUGGGCAGACUGGGCACUCGGCUGAUGAGGAGCCUGAACGUGCAGCAGCAGCGGGCAGUGCUCAGGUGUGUCGCUGCCAGGGACUACGCGCUCAUGCGGGGCUUGCCGGGCACUGGUAAGACGCAGACGAUAAGCGUGCUCAUACAGAUGUUGGCGGCGCUGAAGCAGCGCGUGCUCGUCACCGCGCACACGCACUCCGCCGUCGACACUGUACUUAGCAGGUUACCAGAAUCAUUGCGUGUAAUGCGCCUGGGCUCGUCGAGUCGCGUGGCCGCCGCUCUACAGAAGCGGAGCGAGCAAGCACUCACCGCUGACUGCGAUACUCCUGAAAAACUUGCUGCUUUGUAUGAUUCUAUGGACGUUGUAGGAGUGACGUGCUUAGGAGCUGCUCAUGCGAUGCUCACCAAAACUACUUUCGAUCUUUGCAUAGUUGACGAGGCUACACAGGUGUUACAAUGUACCGUGUUGCGUCCCUUAUUCGCGGCGAAGACAUUUGUCUUAGUGGGAGACCCUGAACAGUUGCCACCCGUAGUCAGGAGUCGGGCAGCAAGGCGCCUAGGCAUGGAAGAAAGCCUAUUCCACAGAUUAAUGUGCGAAGAAGCGACUUCUACCUUACAACUCCAGUACCGCAUGAACCAAGCGCUAGCCGACAUUGCCAACCGCGUGGCCUAUGACAACAGGCUCAAGUGUGCCAACGAGAACAUCGCGCAAGCCUGCUUGAGUAUCGACGUACUGAAAAUCCCCGAACUAUCAGACUCACCCUGGCUGUCGACGGCGUGUAGUCCCAAACAGCAGCAUGCAGCAUUGUUCUUGGACGUGGAAGCUGUUGAUGUUGGAGAUGUUCCUGACACUAAGAACUCUUGCGCAAAUCCUAUUGAAGCCUGCGUAGUUAUGGCUCUGGUAGAGGCUUUGAAAAAGGGCAACGUGAAACCUUCAGACAUAGGAGUGAUAGCACCCUAUAGAGACCAAGUGUCCCUUCUGCGUCGUUCUCUCUCCCACCACGUGGUGGAAGUCAGCACGGUGGACCAGUUUCAAGGCAGGGACAAGUCCGUCAUCAUAUACUCUUGUACGAAAAGAUUGGAUAGCAAAAGUGAUGAUAAGAAGGUUAAGGAAGGCGAGGUACUAAACGACCAGCGUCGUCUCGCCGUCAGUGUGACCCGAGCGAAACACAAACUCCUUAUAGUGGGCAACUCUAUGGCUUUGCGUCGAUACGCACCUCUUCAGAAGCUUAUACAAACGUGUACUACCGUCCAGCUAGAUAAACAUAUUGUGAACAAAUUAUGUAAUAAAUACAAAAUGCAUGUAACAUUAUGAUAUGAAAGUAUAAAUAAUUUAAUUAAA